AUGAAGCGAACAUCAAGCCCUAGCGACAUACCACCGAUCGCCUGUAUACGCUGUCGACAUCGAAAAAAGAAGUGCGACCAUGCCCUUCCCAAGUGUGGUGAAUGCAAGAGAGCAGGGUCAGAAUGUGUUCGGUUCCAGGAGCGAAAGCCUAGGGAUGCCGCGUCGGUGCCAUGGGAGUACGUCAAAGGACUUGAGAUGCGUCUUUCCCAGGUCGAGAGAAGUCUCGCAAACUGCAUGGUCUUGAUCAGGAAGCAGGGAAAUCCGUCAAAUCAGCCACUUCCCGGACAAUCGACCAUUGGAAGCGAAGCUACCCUGGAUCCACCAUCCCUUAAACGAUCACCCAGCACAGUCGCUACAGAAGUCGGUUCCUCGUUGCAAUCAUCGCCAAAUUGGGAGAUCAUGGAGAGAAUGCAAGCAAUCAAUGCAGAGCGCAAGUCGCCCUCUUUGGCAGCAUCACUAGAUGGCGUCAUCACCAUGAUCCAAACACCAUCGGCUACUCACGAUAACACAUUCCUUACCAACCCACCCUCUGACGACGACAUUGGGCUAUUAAGAAGAGCCGACCUAGCCUGUUAUUUCCAACUCGUUCACCCCAACUGGUCGUUUCUAGACGAGAACCUCCUUGUUGAAUGGUUCCAAGAGACUAAGAGUGCGUCGGACGAAAGGUGCCCUCCAACAAUUAUCAGUCUUACUUCGUCCAAAUGCUCCUCUACCAGAGGAUGCCCACACAUCGCGCGGUCCACGUCGCUUUACAGCCAAGCCCUGGUUCAUUGUCUGCCAGAUGCAUUUCUCCAGGGGCCUAGCGCUCAACUGAAGGCUCACCUUUUGCUCUUAGUCUAUGCUCUCCACAGCCCGAAUCACUUUCAGCUACGAGACAACACCGGAAAAUCGACUUUAGAGAUCGCCCGAAGAUUAUCGAAUUACGAAGCACCGGGAUCUUUUACGAGUCUGGAAGCUACGACCACCCUAGCUGUUCCGGAGGCUUGUGAGGACAGAGGGCUGCUCAUACAUUGUUACUCAGUCUACGAAGUGAUAGCCUCGACGUGGCCUCAUCAAUUGCAUGAGUUGGUUGAUGUACUAGAUGAGAAGAUUUGGAACCAGAGCAUCUGGCUUACCUUCGACGGCGGCCUAAUCGAUGCGAACUUCGAGCAUCUGUUCACAAUUCGCCGAACUCAAUCGAAGAUACGGAGGUUCUGGAAGCAGAUGCGAACUCUAAACGGCCAAAGCGAUUAUCGAAUUCAAAACACCCACGAGAUUAAGGCCGAACUGGAUCAAUGGAAAGGAAUGAUUCCACUCAUCUCUAGCAAUACCGACAAGUCAACCAACUGUCAUCCGCUAUCGAUGCUCAUGCUCUACAACUAUUGUAUCUGCUGUUUAUUUCAGAACGAGCUAGCCGUCCCCAACAUUGACGAUCAUGCUGUUCUCUUGACUGCAGCCAGUGAGAAUGCGAGGUGCUUUCGUCGUAUCCAGGAACACCGACCUAUGGUGUACUGUACGUGGACCACACUUCUUGAGCAGUUCACCGUUGGAAUCAUUCUCAUUUCUUGCUUCUGGGGAACUCCCUACAUCUAUCGCAGCACAGCGUUCCAAGCUCCCGAUACCCUACAGGCCUUGGAAGAUUGUGGGUCGACCUUGUCUCGCUUCGCCAAUCGAUGGAAAGAUGCCGAGGUAUACUACGAGACGUACACACUACUCACGCCUCAAACACCUAUAUCAUUCCCCGAUAAUUCUGACUUCGAGUUCCCCGAUCAACUCAAGCCUCAGAUCAGUGGCCUGACCCAGACACUGGAAGAGAGAGGGGUUUCAAUGGCCGUUCUUGCGAUGAUCGGUCGAAUUAUCAGCAGUCCGACCUCAACACGCGAGUAUCCGUAG